CUCUUGUUUUAGCGUGACCAAUGAUCGAACAUACAUGAUGGAUGAGGGCAUAGGGAAUUGUCGUCCAAGUGAGUGGCGCAAAUAUAUAAAAUGGGGAGCGGACGAUUUUUGGGACUCGCAUGGCAUUACAUAGAUCUGGUUCAUAUCUUUCAUUUCCUGUUCUUCACUGCUCCGUCUUUUUUAUCCGUCACGUUCCUUCUCCAUCUGUUCCUCACUACCAUCUUCUGUUCUUUUCUUCGCCUACCUUUCUUUAUAUCUUGACUACUUUUCUCUCCAAUAUGUUCUCUUUGCUCCCUCGGACUGUUUCACUUCCAUACCAUUUCCUCUUGCACCCAGAACUUCGAAGCAGGAGAAUUUUAGACGAGAUUAAAAGGACGAUCGUGGCUAUCCACACGUGAAACCUGGGUGGAAAGGUACAUGUAACCAACUGGUGGGCUCUAGAAGGGUUUUCGCUUUUGUUCCUUGUCACCCAGAGAAAGAAUGCCUGAAAUCGAUCAUGAAGCGAACGUUUGCAUAUGUGAAGGGUGACCCAGUCCCCGAUUCUAUCUAAA